AUGACACAAAAAAUUGUUUCAAACGAAGAUUGUUUCAUUCAAGCUGUCAAUAUUUCCGAUCAUUUAGAUUUAAUUUAUUCCUAUGAAAAAGAAUCCUAUCCUGAAGAUGAAGCUGCCACCUAUGAAAAAUUAAAAUAUCGAUUAUUACAUGCCAAUGAUGUUUUUCGUGGCUAUUUUCGAAUGGACACUCUCGAUCGUCCUCAUGUUGGUUCACAGGACACAACGCAACAAACCACCAACAUGACGGAUUUAAAUCCCUCCAAACCAGUACAAUUGAUUGGAUUUGUAUGUGGAACGAAAACAAGUCAUUCCACUCUCACUCAUGACAGCAUGUCUGUGAAUGAUCCAAAUGGAAGGACACUCUGUAUUCAUUCAGUGGUGAUUAAAAAAGAAUUUAGAAAUUGUGGAUUAGGUCUUCACAUGUUACAAUUAUAUUUAAAUUAUUUGAGAGAGAAUCAUAUUUGUGAUCAAGUAUUACUCAUUACAAAGAAACAUUUAAUUCAUUUCUAUGAAAAGGCAGGAUUUAAAUUGAAUGGUGAAUCCAAUGUGGUUCAUGGUCAAGAAAAGUGGUAUGAAUGUGAAUUGUUAUUGAUCUGA